GUUUUGAAUGAAACGCGGUUGAUGGCUGCUCGACGCUAAGGGUUUGUUUACCCUGCUCUCCUCACUUUUUCAACGUUGGUUAAAGUUUAUUUGUAAAAGUUUGAAGUAAUAGUUUCACAGCUCCACAGUAAUGUCCUCCAGGAAGUCAAGUUCCAGUGGGGGAGGCUUGCCUUCAAGCAGAUGUGGAGAGCGUACCCCACUGAGAAGUCUGCAGAAUGAAAUGCUGCAUCUGUCAACGCCGUCAUCGAGACUCAAAUCAAAGUCAUUGCUCAGUGCUGAUGUUGUGAAAACACCCAAGGGCGAAUCUAAUCUUUGUGAUCCAGAGCCACACAUGCACUCUCCAGCCACCAAAGUGAUUCAGAUCAGUGCUUCUACUGUUGAUGUGGCAGCUACUGAGACAGCUUGUGGACUUGGAGAUGUAACAUUUAAAUCCUUCAUCUGUCCCGGUGGGGAGGUUGAAGUUACAGGCUCUUCACUGUGUGCAGAGGAAGAGAGUAUCAUUUUGCCCAAGGAUCAGGCGAUGAAAACCAUGUGUGAAACACAGGAAACAGUCAUCUCUGACAGUAUGAUAGUUCAGUCAUGCAGUAGUCACAUAGAACACCCCUACUAUAAUCCUGAGAUGAAAGAUGCUUCCGUGGUUGACAUUAACGCAGCAUGUCUCCGUGAAAAUUCAAACACUACACUGGCCACUGGUGGCUUGGAUGACAGAUGUGCCACAGAAGAUUUCAGAGCUUUUCAGAGUGACUGCUGUGGAAAGAAAGACAUCACUUGGAAAUCCUUUGUUUGUGAUGGGGGUGAGGUGGAAGUUUCUGAUGUCACCAGACUUCAAGAUGAGACCAUUCCUCUGCCUAAGGCACAGCAGGGUGAACCUUUACAAGAGGACAGCAUGAAUACAACAAAUAUCUCUGUCUGUGGCCAACUGUGUGAAGCAGAACAUGCAGAUCAUCCCUACUGUAGCGGUGAAAAUGGUGAUCAUGUCAUCACCACUCCCUCUGACACCACCGGUAGUCCUGAAAAGCCUGCUGAUGGACUGAGUGAUGUCACUUUCAAAUCAUUUAACUGCACUGGAGGUGUGAUUGAAAUUUCACAUGGCACCAGACUUGCAGAUGAGACUGUUCCUCUGCCAGCUGACCAAACUGCGACCUGCAGUGAGUCGUACAACUAUGGUCUAGAUCCAAGCGUGUUAGCUGGUGACCAAGAUGUACAAAACGGUAAUGAUCAUUUGGAUCACCAAUACUGUGUUUUUGAAAAUUACCCAUCAACCCCAAGUGGCAAUCGUCCCAUUUCCCAGGAGUCAUUACCAGUCAGACUUGAUGUUGAGGAUGAGGUUAAACAGAUAAGCUUGGUGGAAACUAAUAGCCAGACUGGCAGUCAAGAGGGCGUUAUGAUCAGCUCUUUCAUCAGUGCCAGAAGUGAAGUAGUAAUGUCAGAUGACACUCAGAAGACUGUCCCUCUCCCUGACGACCAGGCAGUGAUCUGCCAGCCGUUGGACAACAAUAGUGUACCUACCUCUGCUACACAGGAUCACAUUCAAGGUCACUAUGAACAACCUAACAGCCAAAUGGAUACUGAUGAAAUUGUGGUUGAUACUGAUGCACCAGCUAUCAGUACAUCCUCACAGACUCACACGUCUUUGAAGGAAUUGGAUCAUGAAUCUGUUAACUGUCAAAUGCAAGAGGCAUCAAAAAAGGACUCAGUGCAUCCUGACGACAGUGCCUUGCCUUCAGUGCUUCACAGAACUGAGUCUCCAGACUGUAGCCCCACUGCAGCUUCAGCAGAGACUCCUACACCUGUGGAGACACUUGUGGAACACGUAUCUCAAGUGCAAACCAGCAGUGAACCCCGAGAAUCCAAUGAGGCAAAAGACAGCGCACUCGGUUCAUCUGGAAAUGGACCAAUUCUCGGUAACUCUGCAGAAAACCCCCAGUGGGAAAACCUCCCUGAUGCUUUGAAAAUGCUGUCAGACCGUCGCUCAGUAGCAUCAGCGUUUGGGAUCCUCAGUCCUGUUGUUAGGAGAGCCUCUCUCGCUGUAUUAAAGGCUUUCAAGCGUCCUGCCCUUGACCAGUUUUUAGCUGAUGAGUCUUCUCUUGAGGGUGAAAAGAGCGUUGUGGCUCCGUCCAAUAUCGACCCAGCUGUGUUGUGGACAGAGCACUUGGAGAGCCCCAUGCCACAUCCUCGGUUUAACUCUACAGCAUUAGAUUGCAAGCUCCAGCCAGACCCAGUCCCUGAGCCAGUUGAGGAUGUGGGUGUAAAGCCUUGUGCAGUGCCUCAGUCUGAAGUGGAGAAGCCGGCUCUGGAUAUACCUUUGAUUCCAGAUGGUCCCCUUCAGCAGCAGCUUCGGCAGAUGGCGGAGUUUCUUUUCUUGGCAUCAGGAAAGAUGGGACCUGCUGCUGUCUCUGCUCCCGUUCUGCCUCCUGCUGCUGUCACGGUCCCGUCGGCAAAAGCUACUCCUGUAGAAUCCCGCAGCAUCUGUGUGGGCGCCACUCCUGUUAAAUGGUCAGACCACAGCGUCAAUACAUCUGGCCAGUUUGAGAGAAAGAGGGAUUUCUCUGUGGUGGAUUCCUGCACUCUGACCGACCCUCUCCUGUGGAAUGUACCUCCAGGCAGCCUAGAGGGUCUUCCCAGACAAGAGCUGGAGCAGAGGUUAAGGUCGAGCAUGAUCAUGGUGGAGGCUCUGGUGCAGCAGUUGGCUGCAUCCAGGGCUAGUGGAUGUCCUUCUGCAGGCCCUGCACCGUCAGACCUCAGGGAGAAACUAGUGCAGACGGACCACACUGAGCUCAGUCAGACCUCAAUGCACAGAGACUUAUAUUUGGAGGCUCUGAGCAGGAUUGGUGAGUUGGAGUUGGAUGGAAGUUCUUUGCAGAACCUCAGCCAGUGUAUGCAGGACAUGAAGGUCACCAUGACUUCUUUGAGUUGUGACACAGAUGCUGCUCUCUCUAAUAUGAAGCAAAUAGGAGACGUUGUCAGAGAAGACCACCAAAGCCUUGUUUCACAUUACGGUCAGAUGAAGUCUCUGUUAGAGAAAACAAAGAAGACGCAGACAACAAUGACGCAGAAGGUCCAAGAUGCUCUUCACCAAAGAGAUGACAUGAGGACACAGAUGGAGGAGGCCUUCACAGCCAAGGAGGCAGCCUUCAGUGCGAUGGAACAGCUGAGGACACACUGUGCCACAGAAAUCUCAGCGCUGGAGAGGAUUGUUGGGUCUCAGCAAGAACUGUCAGCUGCCCUAGACCAGACGUACCCUGAACAGGUUGCAUUAAACCAGGCCCACGCUGAAAUGCUUAAGUCUGUUACUGAUGUUUUGUCCAUGACACUGGAGGAACAAUCCACUUUGAUGAAAGAACUCUGCGCAGUCAGAGGUCUUCUGCAGAAAACUGCUCCCAUUCUUCUGAAGCUGAAUGAGAAGGCAGCUGCUGCUUUGACUGAGAGGGACGAGUAUCUCUCUGCAAGAGACCAAGCUGUUGAAGAGAGAGAGCAGAUUGAAGAAGAAUUGGACCAAGCUAAUAUGAAUCUCCGAACUGCCAGAGAACAGAUUGGUGAUUUAAAUCUGCAGGUGACAAUUCUGACCUCAGAGAUGGGUGUGCUCCGUCAGAAGCUAACAGAAAGAGAGGAAGAGAGGGGUCAGCUGGAGAGGAAGGUGACGGAGCUGUCUGCUACUGUUUCCUCCACUUUGGCCUCCUACACCUUCCUGGAGCAGGCCCUUGGUGCCGAAACUACAAAGUUGCAGCAGUCGUGGAAGGACAUCCAGCUCACCAAUGACAGAGCCAAUGAAUUGGAGACGUCACUGGGUCAGUCGGAGCAGCGCGUGUGUGAGUUGAGUCAGGCUCUGGCUCAAAGUGAGGAGCAGCUCAGUCAGCUGCAGGUCCUCUCACAGUCCCAGACCAUGCAAAUCCAGCAGCUCCAGGAUGUUUGCACACAACUCAGUGGUGUGCGGGAUAUGAACGAGUUCUUACAGAUGGAGAAUGAGUUGGCGAGGGAGCAGGUGGCUGAAAGUGAGCGUAUGCUGAGGGCCAACCUGCAGGGGCUGCGGGAGAGGAACAUCGAGUGCGAGGACCUGAAAGGAGAACUUAGUCAACUUCAGCUUGAGAACAGGAGUCUGCAGGAGGAGCUGGAAACCACAAAAUCCAGAGCUGGUGCAACCCAGCUGGAGCUCGGAGAGAAACUGGCACAGGCAGUCACUGAAAUCACUUUGCUACAUCACACACUGCGAGGAACGACCAAUGAAGUACAUGAAGCUCUUAAUGACCAGAAACCAGAAUCACUAUUGGAUAAAGAGUCUCAAGUCCUCAACUUGGAGCGUCGUCACCCCUCGAGCUCCUUUGUCGACAGCGUCAUUGUUGCAUUAACUGCUGAGAAGGAGGAAGACGGAGCAGAGACACCUCUUGAACCAGUCCCCUCAGACUCGCCUGAGCCACAAUGUGCACCUUUGUUCAGCGAGACGAGCGCCUUCACCCGCAUCACAGCCGUCACCCCUAAAAAGAAUUUGAACGCAGUAGAGUUUGAGCCCGAGGAGGACGAUCAGAGCAGCCUGGCAGAGCUGCUGGCUGGCCUGGGCAGCACCGUCACAGAGCUCCUCAGCAACCUGAAGCUGCUGCGACAGCGUAAAGAUGCUCAGCUGGAGGAGCUGCGCAACACCAUCUCUGGCCUGCAGGUGGAGCAGCAGGCUGCAAACAACAGACAUGAGGCGGAGGUGUUUGAGCUGAAGCAUCAACUGAGCCGUGUGAACAGCCUGUUUGAGAAGGGAAAUCAUGCAUUGCAGCAGAAAGCUCUGGAUGAGAAAACUGUGGCAAAGUUGGUGGCGGAAAUACAAGAGACCCAGGAAAUCCUCAAUAAACACAGGACUGAGAGUAACGAAUUGCGGAAGGAGGUGGUUGAGCUCCGUCGUUCGCUCCAGCAGUCAAAGGCAGAGUCUCACUUCCUGCGGGGGGAGCUGAGAAAAGCUGGUAGCCAAUCAGCUUACCCGGCACAUUUCAUGGAAGAGAAGAUCCAGUUGUUGAGAGAGGUGGAGAGACUGAAGUUGAGUCUUCAGGAGGCGGAGCAGGCCAGAGCUAAACUCCUCGAUAGAGCAAAAAGAUCUCAACUCAUCUACCAGACCAAUCAGCAGAAAAUUGAGAAUGAGAUUCAGACGUUAAGCAGAGUGAUCAAUAAAGUCCGAGAGACUCUGCACGCUUUGCCGGUGGUCGUGAAGAAUUGCGAACAACUCCAGCAGCUUGUUGAAUAUAUCGGCUGACGUGUUUGUCGUCACCAAUGUUUAUUGUAUUUAUGUCUGUGUUGUGUUUUAGCUGUAAGUGUUCAUAUUUUUAGUAUGAUUAAAAUUAAAUAAAAUUUUAAUAUCUUA